CUACGUAUACGUGAGUCUAUGCAGAACAAUCCGUCUCCUGUCUUCGUUAUAACCAUACUAUAAGCCGUCGCUAUUGUUUGAAGUCUAUCUCUUAUAGCUUGAUUCAUCCUGUAAAAGCGCUGCCUCGAUUGUCUUCUUGGAAACGUACCAAGGUUCUGGGACUUGCAGGGUUUGGUUGAAACCGAAGACAAACCAUCGUAUCGGAAAUCCAUCACCACAAGCACAGCGCACCACAUCAAACCACAGAAAACCGCCUUAUAUCAACAGAAUACAAGCCUUCUGAACCCGCCAGAACGAGGUCCAUUGAAAUCAUCUUUCAUCCAUUAGGCGAGCCGCCGGAACUCAUCUCAUACGUCGUACAUCACCAUGUUUCCCCCUUCACAGGGCCUACGUUUAGACAUCGACGCUAUCAGUCAAAUAUGCGGAUCUGUGUCAAUAGCAUGCUGGAUAGUUGUCUUCUCACCCCAAAUCAUUGAAAACUGGAGACGGGGCUCGGCGGAUGGCCUCUCCGUGGUCUUCAUCACGAUAUGGCUACUUGGAGAUUUCUUCAAUAUCUUUGGAGCUGUACUACAGGGCGUACUCCCCACGAUGAUCAUAUUGGCGGUGUACUACACCCUUGCAGACAUUGUACUCCUGCUGCAGUGCUUCUGGUACAAGGGAUUCACUCUAAGAGACGAAGUCAAGAAUCCAGAGGACGCAGACGAAUCAGAAGAAUCAGAAGAAUCAGACGAAUCGGCAGAGCCAACAGAGUACUCCGCGCUGCUUCCCCCGCAUACACAGGGCCAAGUACACACAAACGGCAAUGGCACGACCGACUACCUCUCAGCCAGCAACGGCCACACACCCCGUCAACACCACUCCCACCGCCCGUCCAUCUCCGAGCUCGACCGCCGAGGGUCCAUCCAAUCCCACCACUCGUUCCGCGAACGCCUCCUCUCCCUCGACGCCCGCCACCUCUCCCCCGUAACCCCCCUCCUCCCAGACUCCGCCUACAGCGACAUCCUCCCCACCCACCCUUCUCCGACCGCGCCUCCCCCGACCCCUCCCAGCACCCUGCAAACCGUCCUCUUCAACCUCGGCGCCAUCAUCCUCGUCUGCGCCUCCGGCGUCUUCGGCUGGUGGCUCAGCACAACCCGCUCUCCCCCGCCGCCGACGUCUCCAGAUCCUCACGUACCGCUACCCCCCAGCAGCGACGAGACGCUGCACUUCAACCUCUGGGGCCAGGUCUUCGGGUACAUCUGCGCGGGCCUCUACCUAGGCAGUCGGAUCCCGCAACUGCUGCUGAAUUACCGGCGCAAGUCGACCGAGGGCAUCUCCAUGCUGUUCUUCCUAUUUGCGUGUAUCGGCAAUCUGACGUAUGUGUUGAGUAUCGUGGCGUACAAGCCCGAAUGUCGAGGGGCCAGAGCUGGCGUUGGCGUUGGAGAUGGGAUUGGUGCGGGGGAGGAAUGCGAGACUGGUGAGAGAGCGAGGAUUUACUGGAGAUAUAUCGCCGUGAAUGCGAGUUGGCUAGUAGGCAGUUUUGGCACGUUGCUGCUCGAUGCGGCGGUUUUUGUGCAGUAUUUCAUGUACAGGACCGAGGAGGAGAUUGAGGAGGAUUUGGAGGGGUUGGAGGAUGAGUUGGUCAGGGGUGGAUUGGUGUGAGGGGUGGU